AUGUAACAACGAUUACAAACUCAUUCAAUUACUGAAGAAGGCAGAAAAUCUAGUACAGAGAUAAGAAGUCCCUUACAUGAGAUGUAUUAAAUAAGGAGGAAUGUUAUGAAACUUGAAAAAUAACGAACUGAUGAAAGUUGCCAUCGUAAAUCAGAAGAAUUCAUUAAAAAUAUUAGUUAAUCUCAUAGAGAUGUCAUAAUCCCUUAACAUCUUAAUUUUGAAGAUAAUUUAGAUGGUAGUAGAGCUACCAUCAAUUCAAUUAAUUCUGUUGCAUAGCAUUAUGAAAUGAUUAAACCAAAUGUUCAUAAUAUUGAUUGGAAUAAGGAAAACAAUUAAAAUUUGAGUAAUAAGAAUAAACACCAUCAAAAAUGUGAUUCCAAUAAACAUAAAACUAAAGUUAUUUAAUUAGAUAAUUAACGUUAAUAAAUUAAUAGAACUAUUCAAUAAGUACUGCCUUAAUGAUUAAUUGAAUAGAUGUCCAAGUGCAAUAGACAAUUAGCUAAUGUGUUGAAAGCCUAAAUUGACAAAUUAUUUGAUACUAUCAAAACUGACUAUACCUAUGCUUGA